AUGUCGGCCCUCCGCCCUAACCAGAGAGAAAGGGCUCCUUCCAGGGCGGGAGCCGCUGGCCCUCCCACCAGCCAACCUAAUGGCAUUCUCAAUGGAAUCAUUGACCCCACCAAGACCGGCCAGUAUCCCGUCAUCCUCAGUGACACCCUGCUGGGCGGCACGCAGACCGAUGUCUUCACAGCAGUUCAAUACAACCACAAACCCCAGCCAUUAUCAUCGGACGCAGCGACCACCCCAUCGACGCUAAAGCCCGCCACGCCCGGCAAUGAGUCCAACUUCCAGCUCUCCCUCGAAGACAGCGAUGGUGGAAAAUAUAGCUAUUCAGGCACUCGGACGACCGACAAGAGUCAAUACGUCCUUUACUUUGAUGCCGCGAAGAAGGCCUUCAUCCUCGACCGCAUCGACUCCACCUUCCACAUGAACCUCACCCGUACCCCCAACAACACCGACCCAGAGGCCCUGAGGGAACAGUUCCAACACCUUGACACAUCACCUACACCAUCACCACCCGAACCAGUCCAAGGCGCGCGGAAAGCAACAGCGGCAGGCACCAAACCCACCGCCAAAGCCGCCGCCAAGCCAUCCGUCAAACAAUCUUCCCUGAAGAACAGCAAUGCCGCCGCCACCAACGCCAUCACCCGCAAGCAAGGCCCCUCCACUCCCGCGGGGCAAACAAAACCAGACAAGAAGAAAGAAGCCAAGGUGGUCCAGCUCGCACUCCCGCAGAACAACCGUCCACCGGAACCGAAGACCACCACUGCGCCCGCCGAGACAACAACAACAGCAACAACAGCAACAACAACCAAGCGGGACAAGGACAAGGACAAGGACAAGGACACGGACAAGGACAAGCGCAGCCGUCGCCAAGAGCAAGAAGAAGACGAAGACGACGACGAGGACGACGAGGACAUCGGCCUCACCAUCGAAUACCCGGACGAACCGCCCCGGUCCCGCGGCGGCGGCGGUGCCGAUUUCUCGCCCGCUUUCCCCGCCCAGCGCCUCACGGUCCGGCGCUUCUCCGAGUUCCUCCGCGACUCGGAGGCCGACGAUGCCGAUGGGGAAUCUGAGCCCGAGGAAGACGGGUUCAAGCUGCCCAGUCCCGUCAAUAAUCGGCAUGCGCCGUAUCACCAUGCCGGCGACGAUAAUGAGGAGGACGACGAGGACGAAGAAGACGAGUUUGAGGAUGUGCACGUUGCGCCUGCCGGUGGACAACAGCAGCACCAGCGACACCAAGCUGAACAGAUGGAUGUGGAUGCCGGGGUGGAGGACGAAUUGGAUUUGGAGGCCGAGCUCGAGGAUGCUCUGGAGCAAGCUGCCAACAGUGGGGAUGCGGGCGAAGAGAGUGAGGUUAGCGAGGAGGACUAG